CCUCACCUCCCCGACAUGGACGGAGUCACGGAGUUCACCGAGUAUGUCUCGGAGACGGUUGAUGUGCCGUCGUCCUUUGAACUCCUGGAGCCCCCAACCUCUGGAGGUUUCCUGAAGCUGUCCAAACCCUGCUGCUACAUCUUCCCCGGAGGUCGAGGAGACUCCGCUCUGUUCGCCGUCAAUGGAUUCAACAUCCUGGUGGAUGGAGGGUCUGAUCGGAAGUCUUGCUUCUGGAAGCUGGUUCGCCACCUGGACAGGAUCGACUCUGUCCUGCUCACCCAUAUCGGUGCGGACAACCUCCCAGGCAUCAACGGGUUGUUCCAGAGAAAGAUUGCAGAGCAAGAAGAGGAGCGUAACCAAGAGAAUGGAUCCAGCAGCAAUGGAGAAUGGGUGAAGAACCUGAUCUCUCCUGAGCUCGGGAUCGUGUUUUUCAACGUCCCGGAGAAGCUUAGGAUGCCGGAGUCCACGCUGAAAGUGAAGCGCAGCAUUGAGGAAGCAUCUCUUACCUUGCAGUAUCUCAACAAGCUCGGUAUCACGCCAGAGCCUCUUCACAGGGUAGUCGGCAACACUAUUGAACCCAUCACACUAUUCCACAAACUUGGUGUGGGAAAGUUAGACAUGUAUGUCUUGAACCCUGUAAAGGAGAGCAAAGAGAUGCAGUUUCUAAUGCAGAAAUGGUCUGGGAACAGCAAAGCCAAGACAGGGAUUACCAUGGCCAAUGGAAAAGAGGGAGAAAUAUCUGUCCCCUAUUUGACAUCAGUUACCGCUCUUAUUGUUUGGAUCCCUCACCGUCCAACAGAAAAGAUAGUCAGGGUGCUCUUCCCUGGAAAUGCACCGCAGAAUAAAAUCUUCGAGGGCCUUGAGAAACUGAAACACCUUGACUUCCUGCGAUACCCUGUGGCUACCCAAAAAGACAUAUCAUCCGGUGCACCUCCUCCCAUUAUCAAACAGACAAAAAUGAGAUCAAGAACUGACAGCAAAGAGAGUCUCAAGUCUUCACCCAAACCCCACGCUAAGACAACAAAGAAAGAAGCCAGUGGACAGGAGGAAGAGUCCAAGAGUGAAAUCACUAAAGAGAAUAAAGUGGAGAAGAAGGAAGAGAAGAAACUCAAAAGUCUGAAAGCCACAAAGCAACAGAAAAACAGUGAGGUGGCCCCAGUGGCAGCCAAGACGGAAAAAAAGAAGAUAUCCAAGGAAAAAACUGCCAAGCAGGAGAAAGUGUCCAAGAUGGAUGAAAAGAAAGACAAAGAGAAAAAAGAAAUAAAGAAAGAGAAACGUGAAGUAAAGAAAGAUGAAAAUAUACGUAAAGAAGAGAAAAAGGAAAGUAAAGCCAAGGAGGAUAAAAAGAAGGACCCAAGUAAACCGGAGCUGAGAAAAAUCACUAAACCUGACCUGAAGCCGCUCACCCCUGAAGUGAGAAAAACUCUGCACAAGGCUAAGACCCAGGCUAAGCCCAAGACGGACAAAAACAAAGCAGUAAAGGAGGAAGCAACUGAGAAAAAGCCUGUCCCAAAGAACAUCCCCGAGGAGAUCGCAGCAGCAGCUUUGGCUGACAGGUCCAUCGUUUCCUCCCCAGAGGAUCUCACCGAAGACUUUGAGGCUCUGAAACAAGAAGAGCAGUCCAAAGUUAAAUCUGUGCCAAUCCAGAAUGAUGUGAUGUCUGGGCAUUCACUGAAAACAGAUACUAAAGUCCCGUCUUUAGUUUUCCCCGAUGAGAAAAUCAAAUCCCCAGUUACUGAGACACAGUCAGCUUCACCCGAAUCCCCUGUCAAACAGAUAGGAGACAACGAAGACAACGGCGCUUCAGUAUGCGUAGCAGCCGCUGAAAAGAAAGAAGCAAGCGAUGGCUUCGACAAGAAGUACCAAGAGGAGAAAAUGGAGAAAUAUGAUGAAUACCCUCUGAAGGACGACAGAUCGAGGAAGAGCGACAGCUCAGAGGAGGAGGGCGACGUCAUUGAAAAAGCUGACCUUGAAGGAACGGAAGACGACGAGGUCCUGAAAUAUAAAACAGAGGAGGCGAAAAAGGACAAAACUGGAAAGCCAGCAGAGCCAAAACCAUCACCAACCGCCGCCCUGUCGGGUCAAGUAGCAGCCUCCGCCUCGGAGCAGUUCUCCUUCAUCCAAGAUGAAACCAUCCCCGGCUACUCCGAGACUGAACAGACGAUCUCUGACGAGGAGAUCCACGAGGAACCGGAGGAUAGGAUCCCACAGCUGCGCUACGAUGUGGGCUCCUAUGACAUCUCCGUCCCUGAUGUCCCCGGUACCUUUGACUCCAUGCACGGUAUAAAAGAGAUGAAGGGCUCUGUCAUGUCUGACGUCAAACCCAAAUCCUUCAUGGGAGGCCUUGAGCCAGAACUUGCACAUUACCCCACCAUCAUCGCCGCGCCUCUUGCAGAGGAGGAGCACAUCUCCUCGGCAACUUCCAUCACAGAAUAUGACAAACUGUCGUCCUUUGCUACGUCUGUGGCUGAGGACCAGUCCAUCACCUCCGUGACGGCGCCUCAGACCGAGGAGGUUGGGAAGAACUCUCUCCUGCUGGACACCAUCAACAGUAUCCCCUCCCGCGCCGAGGCCGCCCAGGGGAAGGACUAUCUCCACUCGGCAGGAACCAUCUCGCCCACCUCCUCUCUGGAGGACGACAAGUGCUUCAAGUCUCCUUCCUCUGAGGAGUACCAGCCCAACAUUGCCGAGAUGGAGGGUGAUGCAAAGAUCAAAUUGGUCCACGAAGAAGAGGACGAUGAGGAAGAUGAGGACGAGGACCAGACUCCUAACGUUGACAUCCCUCUGGGUAAACUCCAAGAGGGCUACGAACACGCGGCCUUCAUGAUGCUCCAGGAGAAGCAGAAAUCUCCCACUGACACUUUUUCUCCUCCUCCUCCUCUCUUCUCUACCACGCAGUACUCUCCCACACAAGCUGUCAAAGACAACCAGUCUCUUCUCAGCUCAGAAGGGUUUAAGACGGAUAUAAAGCCUAUUUCACCCCCUCCAUCUUUCUCCUCUGGGUUUGAAUUAGAGUCCCACUCCAGGCAGGAGAGUGAGGAAAGAUGUCUAAGUCCAGAUGACAGCACCAUGAGACUGGCCUCACCCACACAGUCUGUACCUACAAGCAGUGGCUACUCUCCAACAGAAGAGAAACCCUUUAAGACGGAAGACAAAGAUGAAGCAGAGAUAGACGUUAAAUCAGCCGAUGUCCCAGACAACACCGCCUUUAUCGGUGACAAGACAGCGUCUGACGAGUCUGAAGAAUCCAGUGAAGACCAUGAGGAGGAAGAUGACUAUUACACCAAAAAGGAUCUACAGCCCGCUGUCAAGGCCAAGAUCAUGGAGGCAAAAGAGGGGUGCUUCUUGGACGAAGACUUAACCUCUGAGGCAAAAUCAGCGAAGACAGAAACAGAAGACAAGGGAUUGGACAAGACACAGGUCUCUUUCAGCCCAGAGAAACCAAAACCUCAAAUGAUGUCCUCAGAUGAAGAUGAAGAUGAAGAUGAUGAUAUCCAAAGUGGGGUAGAGUCCCAUAAGCCCUUAUCACCAGAUCAAAAUAAGGUAGACAUAAAAAAAGAAAGCACAGAGGAAGAAGAUGUUGACAUGGAGCACGAGAAAAGUGUUCACUUCAGCCUCUACAAUUUUCCAGAGAAGGAGAGCAAAGAAAAGGCCAUAUAUAUUAGACAGGACACGCCCUAUGUGCAUGGCAAAACAUUCUCUUACAGUGACAUUUACGGCUCAGUGGACUCUGACUUAUAUCGUCAGGAGUCUUUGGAUAAAGUGGAGAAGGACAGUGCAAAGGGUGAAGUGAUUUCCCAGAAACCAGAGCCCUCUGCCCCGUUUACAGCCUCAGACAAGAUGUCGGAGAAUGAGGGAUCUAGCGUCUCUUAUGGAAAAGAGUCCUCCGCUUCACCGUGGCUCGAUUCAAAGAGCCCUUCUGCUAUACCUCCAUUUGAAGAGGUCCAAAGAAAGGAAGCAUUUGAAUACAGCGCAAGUAGCCGCUUCCCUUCAGUAGCUGACAGGCCCGAGGCCUCGUCCACUUCUUUGUCGGCAGAGAAAGACGUGUCUUUUAAAAGCCAGACUGACGGCACAAAGCCCCAAACGUACUCCUCCUCGAUGAUGGCCUUUGAUGAUACGGCCGCAGACUACGGCGAGAAAGGAGGGUGUUUGGAGAUUGACAUGCGAAAACUGACAGCAAAAGAUGAGGAGGACUAUGAUGACGAUGUUGUCGAUGAAGACGACGAUGACGAGGACGAGGAAGAUGAAGAUGAAGAUGAGGAUGAGUACGACGACGACGGGGAUGCGGUUGAUUCUGAUACGGAGAAAGGCGCCAAAGAGAAGUCCGAGAAGGAAGUAAAAAGUCCGAUCAGUGAAAUGUUUGGCUCAGACAAGCCUGAAUUUAUGGUUUCUAUGGCUGGAUACGGCUACAACAGCCAGGGGAAGCCCAGCAGCUCUAGCUCACUCACAAAGACUGAGCCCGAAGCGAAGACUGACUCCUCACCCCUCAGUGGAAAGCCAGCAGAUUUAGGUGCUACAGGUUUCUCUGGCUACUCCUCUGGGUUUGACUACUCGUAUGGAAGUGGUGAGAAAGACUCAUUUUUAUCAAGUCAGACCACAGACAAAGGUAAAGAGGAUUUGAAAUCAACAGGGGACAGUUAUUACCAGAAUCAAAAGGUUGAUGCUGAUUUUGAGAAACAGAAAACACCCGACCUUCUGAGUAAGACAUCGCUGGACUCCAGCUUUCAGUACACGACCACCGCUGCCCCCGGGUACUCCUCCUCUUCGGCCUAUAGCUACUCCUCCUCCACCUCGGGCUCUCUCUCCACCAGCCGUCAGUUCGGAGAGGAGCUGGAGACGCCCGCCGAGCCUCUCUUUGAGUACUCCUCCUUUAAAGAGGAAAACACACUGCUCAUGGACUCUUCUCUCUCCGGCUCCGCUGGCGCAAAAGACGACUAUCUAGAAGUGUCUGAGAAACAGAUCGCAGCUACAACCGCGGCUGAGUCCAUCUCUGGUUUAGCUCGUUUCUCACCCCUCAGCCCGUUUGAGGAGGUCAAGUCCUUCCCGUCACUCUCGUCCACUGCCUUUGCUGAGGACAAGAAGGAGCAUAAGAGCCCAUCAGGUGGAGUUAUGGACAAAGGCCCUCAGCCAGACUGCUUCUUUAAGCCCGAAUGGUCCGAAGGGUCCAAGCUGGGCUCGGCUGCCGGGUUUGGGGCCUCAGCAGGACCGUUUGCUGAACAUUCAGAGAUCUCUAAAGACAAAGAGGCAGCUAGUGCCGCCCUGUUUGGCGUCACUUCCUCACCGCGCCCUGACAUAGAAGGAAAGCAUUACUUUGAAGAGACGGACAGCAGUGAAGAAGAGGAUGAGGAGGCUUACAUGCGCGAGAUGACUCGGAGGUCGCCGUCCGGCGGCCUGGCUGGUAGCCUCUCAUUUUCUGACAAACCUGUCGCUCCAGCUCCCAGUGAAAAGACAGCUGGUGCACUCCCUGAUGUUCUCGGCUCCAAAGUGACCUCACCUCUCCAGGCCAGCAAGCCAGACACAGCCAACGGCCCCACGGAGGUCGGUGCAAGCGCCACCCACAUCCCUGCUGGUGCAGCGGCAAGUGGUGCAUUUUCAGGCCCGGCCAAGGUGGAGCCCAGAGAGGGAGCAGCAUCUUACCGGAGCUCUUUCGAGUGGGAGACGUCAAAGUCCCAGUUGGGGAUGGUGCCCGGAGACUCCCCUCCCCAUUACCGUCACGAUGAAGAGUUCGAAGAGGAGUGCGAGAUGGAGCCGGAGCACCCGGCGCGCCCGCUGUCUCUCUCUACAACCGAUCAGCCGUUUCGCUCUCCGUUUUACGCCGAAGAGUGCAGCCGAGGUGGGCAUGAUGACGACGAUGACGACGAUGAGGACAGCGAUCAGGAUCUUGGCGGCGAUGUCCCCAUGGGAGCCACCUCCUCUUACACCAGUCGCAGCUCUCCUGGGUAUUCCUCCUCCGAGUACAGGCAGUCCAAACAGGACCUCUCGCCGUCCUUCAUCAACCCGUGCAUGCGGCAGUUAUCCAGCGACGAGGACGACGAGGAGCGUGAACGCAGAAGCGAUCAAUCGCAGGAGGCCGACGGGCACGAUCUGUCAGUGAAGACAAGGGCUCACAAGCAGCCGCAUCAUCACAGCAUGGACGGCGGCGCUCUGCAGCAAGCCGGCGGUAUGUCGGCAGGGCUGGGUCUGGCCACAGAGGACACACCGCCCACCUCCGUCAGCGAGUCUUUAGCCUCCCAGUCAGACUCUGAUGCCCCUCCAGGCACCGAGGAGGGCAACAUGGACUCAGACGAGGAUGCAGACUACAUGCCCAUUGAUAAAAUGUCCGCCGCGGGAGGAGGCAGCCAUCAUUCCUCUAGGAUGAGCAGCGACCCUCCUCCUGCUCCCCUCAUGGACCCCUCCCCUCACCCACCACGCCCGGAUGUUUGCAUGGUGGACCCCGACUCUCUGGAUAACGGUUUAAUUAAGAAGGAGCCCAAAGCAAAGGGCUUAAAGAAAACUUCCGGGAAAACCAAAUCAUCGUCCCCGGCCAGGCGCAAGAGGUCUCCCAUGCCCGUCAAACAGAUGCCGUCUCCUCGCAGCGCCUCGCUGAAGAAGAAGGAGGCGGACAAGAGCUCCCGUAUGUCUCGUCUGUCGGACGGACAGGGCUCCAAGGACGAUGACCUCUCCAGGUCGAGCUACAACCCCGGCAAGACGCUGACUAACGGUGUCAAGAGCAGUUCAGGUUCUCAGAAGUCCGGCUCUGCAGGUGCUCCUGGCCUUCCUAUUUACGUGGACUUGGCCUACAUUCCAAACCACUGCAGUGCCAAGAACGUGGACCAGGAGUUUUUCAAGCGCAUCCGCUCUGCGUACUACGUGGUCAGCGGGAACGACCCGGCGGGGGGUGAACCCGGCCGAGGAGUCCUCGAUGCACUGCUGGACGGCAAAGCUCAGUGGGGAUCAAACCUACAGGUGACGCUGAUCCCGACCCACGACUCGGAGGUGACCCGCGACUGGUACCAGCAGACCCACGAGAGGCAGCAGGAGCUCAACAUCAUGGUCCUGGCCUCCAGCAGCACCGUCGUCAUGCAGGACGAGUCUUUCCCCGCCUGCAAGAUCGAGUUUUAA